GUAUAAAAGACUAGACGCACCAACCAGUGUGUCAGUCGUCAUCUAACAUUCGCUUUGUUACCUCCUGCUCCUUCUCACAUACACAUACCCGGUAACUCAUUAAAUAAGUCACUAUGGCCGCCAACGCUCUCGCUCCCGCCAUGUACCAGCUGCAGGAAAGUCUCCGUAGUGUUGACCUUGCACACUGGGUCAGCCAGCUGGACUUUAAGACGGUGGGUCUCCUGGCGGUGGUGGUGGUGGGUGUGGUGUUUCUUCUGGACCUGUUCACCAAGUCCUACACUCCCUAUGGCAGGAGUCUCUUGUCUUCCGCUGCUCACGCCUGGGACGACAAGGAUCAGCUGGGACUCAAGGAUGCCGUCCGAGGAAGCCGCUCUCUGGAGCCUUUGUCUAAUGUUCUGGAUGCCCUGGCGGAGGCAGUGAUGAAAUGGGAGGAGCCAGAAGACAGCACCUUCAGGAAUCGUGCACUUUGAGACUUCAGAUGAAGUCUUUUAUAUCCCGAUAGAGACGGUGGAGAAGAGAGGAACUCGUGGUGGACAGGUCCAUAAAUCACGCCAUUAUCUCAAACAUUUGUUCAUAACAUUCACUUCGUAAUUUAUUGUUAUUAAUUUAUUACAACAAAUAAAGACUUUAAAGAAAAU